AUGGCAUCAGCAUCAUCAUUGAUGCCUGUUCUUUGCUCCGUGCAAACCAGUCCAAGAUUUAGGAAAACCCAUCAAAAUAAUAUUAACAAAAACAAUACUAGUGCUGGGAAGCAGAGCAACAAUGGCGGUCCGGUGGAAAACAUAGUGGAGUUCACUAAAUCGAUCGAGGACUUGGUGUGGCUGCGAAAUGUGGAGGACCCACAAGCUUCGUUUCUCCAGUUUCCCUCUUGGCCUCAGCCUUAUUAUCCAGCACUAUCUGGCAUUGAUUUGUUUUUGGCUGAUCUCAAAGCCUUGGAGGUGUAUGCUAGCUACUUAUACUAUCUUGCCAAGAUGUGGACGAAGCCACUACCUGAAAUCUAUGACCCACAGAAUGUCACCGACUAUUUUAGCUUAAGGCCUCAUGUAGUGACCCUUCGACUUCUUGAGGUCUUUGCUGCAUUUGUUUCCGCUUCAAUCAAAUUCCGGAUCUCAAGCAUCCUCUCCGCUACAGAUAAGGAUGCUGAUGAAAACAUUCUCAAGUACAAUUUUGGGACAAUAUUAAAAGAAACAAUGCUAAACUUAGGCCCCACUUUUAUUAAAGUUGGUCAGUCCCUUUCCACAAGGCCAGAUAUAAUUGGUUCUGAAAUUUCUAAGGCUUUAUCUGAGCUGCAUGAUCAAGUCCCUCCUUUUCCAAGGGCUGAGGCCAUGAAGAUUUUCGAGGAAGAAUUUGGUUCUCCCGUGGAGAAAUUCUUUAGCUAUAUCUCUGAGGAACCUGUAGCUGCAGCUUCAUUUGGGCAGGUAUACAAGGGAAGCACAUGUGAUGGAUUUGAUGUUGCUGUGAAAGUCCAGCGUCCUAACUUACAUCAUGUAGUUGUUCGAGAUAUUUAUAUUCUUCGGAUUGGGCUGGGAAUACUGCAAAAGAUUUUAAAAAGAAAAAGUGACCUUCAAUUGUAUGCUGAUGAACUUGGAAAAGGAUUAGUCGGGGAGUUAGAUUACAACUUGGAGGCUGCCAAUGCCAUAGAAUUCAUGGAAGUUCAUUCUCACUUUCCGUUUAUUUGUGCUCCAAAAGUAUUUCGACAUUUGAGUAAAAAGAGAGUUCUGACUAUGGAGUGGAUGGUUGGUGACAGUCCAAGCGACUUGCUAUUAAAAUCUUCUGAGGAGUCUAAAGCAAAGCUUCUUGAUUUGGUUAAAAAAGGAGUACAGGCAUCGUUGAUUCAACUCCUUGAGACUGGCCUAUUGCAUGCUGAUCCUCAUCCUGGAAAUUUACGUUAUACAUCAUCUGGACAAAUAGGGUUUCUUGAUUUUGGUUUGAUUUGUCGGAUGGAAAAAAAGCAUCAGUUUGCCAUGCUUGCUUCCAUUGUGCACAUAGUAAAUGGAGAUUGGGCGUCCCUUGUGAAUGAUCUGACUGAAAUGGACGUUGUAAGACCUGGGACUAACAUCCGACUUGUCACCAUGGACCUGGAAGAUGUUUUGGGCGAAGUGGAAUUUAAAAAUGGAAUCCCUGACAUCAAGUUUAGUAAAGUUCUGGGUAAAAUAUGGUCUGUUGCAAUCAAAUACCAUUUCCGUAUGCCACCAUACUAUACCCUAGUAUUGCGGUCUCUCGCGUCUCUAGAAGGAUUGGCUGUAGCUGCAGAUCCAACUUUUAAGACCUUUGAAGCUGCUUACCCUUUUGUUGUUCAGAAGCUUCUCGUUGACAACUCUGCUGCUUCAAGGAGAAUUUUGCAUUCGGUUGUGUUGAACAGAAGGAAAGAGUUCCAGUUGCAAAAGCUUUACCUUUUCUUAAGAAUUGGAGCAACUUGGGAAGGGUUGCAUUCGUUGACACCAUCAGAUGCUCAGGCUUCAUUUGAUCAGCCUGCAAAUGCAGUUCCCCGUGGAGUUGAUCUUGCAAACCUGGUUUUGAAACUUCUACCAUCUAAAAAUGGCACUGUCUUGAGAAGACUUUUAAUGACUGCAGACGGAGCUUCAUUAGUUCGAACAGUGGUUUCGAAGGAGGCAAGCUUCUUCCGCCAAGAAAUUUGUUUUGUUGUUGCCGAUAUAUUGUACCAGUGGAUGACCGCAGCCUUGGGAAAAGUUUUUCACAUAACCCAAUUUAGUUCCCAAGUGGUGUUGGCCAGCGCUGCCAAAAACACACAGAUAGGUCCUUCUAUGAUAUUCACAUCAAGCGUCGAUUAUCAGGCCUUCCUGAGAGAUCGGCGAUUAAAAAUCAUUGCAUUGAAGGCAUUACAUUCUGCAAGGAAAGAUCCUGUAUUAAUGCUGAGAUUCUGCUGGACUUCGUUUGUCAUGUUUAUCAGGGCAACAGCUUUGGCUUGUCAUCGCGUGUUGGUCUCCCUUAGUGAGGCUUACUUGGAUCGUGUAUCCUAUCCUCGUAAGCUAAUUACUGUUGUGGCUUAA